ACACACACACACACACACACACACACACUUACACAUUCACACACACACAUCUAGCACUACAGUAUAUCAGGCUGCGACUAGCGGAGAGACGGAGGGGAGUGCAGAAAUGAAUGUGAAGAUCCUGACAUUGGUGAUUGUGCUGCUGCUUGCUCUGCUGUGUUCAGCCCGUGCUGCUCCAGUGGCCUCCACCGAGCAUAGCAAGGAGCUGGAGGAGGUGGGCAGCAUGAGGACUCCUAUGCGUCAAAACACCGCCCGAGCCGGCCGGAGCCAAAGACCAUCGGGCUGGAGGAGGAGACGCCCUCGACCCCGUCUGUCCCACAAGGGCCCCAUGCCAUUUUAGAUCAAGGCACUGCUUUGAGUGCCCUCCCCCUUGGUUCUGAUUUCGACGCUCUUCCUUUGUCCUGGGGAACUCUGCAAAAAAAAGCAGCCUUUCCAGCCCAGCCUGAAGAGUGAUGUCCAUAUCACCUGCUGGUUCUUCAAGCAACACUUCUACUG